GCCAUCUUUUGCCCCCAUUGGACAGCUACCUAACCCCGCAAGGCACAAGUUGUCCGUUGAUGCCUAAUGGUUUUCUGAUUUUCCCACCAGGAUCAUGAUCAGACACCAACAACUCCAACCGCCGUAACAGCAAGACCCUAGAAGCGCCUCGACCGCAAACUCCUCAAUGCACCUUCUUAACUUCCCUAUAGAGAUCCGCCUUCUAAUUUAUUCCGAGCUCCUCGUCCAAGACAGCCCUGUCGAGCUUGUUUUGAACUAUGGUCCCUGCAACCCGCGCCUCUUUCGGUUCGAAGGGCAAGGUCUCAAUCCGGCCCUUCUCCGUGUCAACAAGACGGUGAAUGAAGAGGCCAUAGCGUUCCUCUAUUCAAACAACGGCUUUCGGUUUCCUGAUGCGUACACCUCUUUCAACACUGAUACGGACUCGAUAUCGGACAACUCGGACGGCUCGGACGGCACGUACGUACCAUGCAUCGCGCCGUUCCUUCAACAAAUUGGGGCCAAUGCAGCCCUUUUGCGGCAUAUCUGCAUCAACUUCCCGACCUCGUUCGAUUCCGCAAACUGGGAAAAUCCUUUCCCGUGCGAGGAAUAUCUUCAAGUCCUUCAACUUAUCCGGGAAACCUGCCCGGGUUUAAGGACAGUCGAGAUAUCGAGCAAGCCACCCGGCGGUAUAUUCUCGCUCCGUGCUGUUGACCGGGCUGCAGAGAUGCUGAGAGCGCUAGACGACGGCGGCUUUAAGGCUAUGCCGUCGCUGGAGAAGAUUGUUGUGGUUCGUGAGGAGUACGAUAUUGACGAGGAGGUUAUGGCCCUUCGCGAGAGCAUAAUGCAGAGGAUGCCGAGCUGCAAAUGGUCUAUCGAGCUUACAAAGGUCCUACCUGAUGUUUGGACCUCUUGUGAUGACAGGGUUGUGUUUGACAACUAUGAGGAUUGUUGGAGGUAUGACGCAGAGAUGUUAAACAGGCAAAUGGAGAGGGAGGAGCGGGAGCAUUGGGAGGAGGAAUGCUACCACCGGAGGAAUGACCCAUAUUGGAAGAAUGAUUCAGACUACGAUUAGUUUUGCUUUGGCGGGCGGGGCCUCACGUCGCCGGGUAGGAUGAUUACUGGGAACGAGUGCCUGGGACCGCCUGAAAUCUUUCGAGGGCGAUGGCGAGCGCCUGCCUUGGGGGGUGGCGGGACAGUGGGGUUAGGUGGACCUGGAGAGGUUUAUCGUGCGGAACGGACGGAAGACGAGGGAGGUGUUACUGGGCGAGGCGCCUAGGAUAUUGAGGAGAAGGAGGAAGGGGAGGAAACAUGGACUGUUCAAUGGAGGUGGUGGGGU